AGCUGAGGAGCAGGCAACAUAACUGACUUGAACUAAACCGAUGCGUAAUUACCGGUCGUAAUGGAUAAUUUCUGCUACAUGGGAUUGAGUGCUCUAGCGGUCAGUAAAAUAUGUAGCAAUUUGAACAAUUCGCUAUGUAAUGAUUAUCAUUUACCUCAAGAAGUACAAGUCACUAAGUGAAAUUAAUUUGUAGAUAUCGCCAUUAACAUUUUUAAUCUGUUGUAUUUUGAAUUAACAGGUUUUUCUCGCUAUCCUGGGAACGAACACAGCUACACCGUGCAGUUAUGCUGAUUAUAAAGGUAUUAAUGUUAAAAAAAUGUCAUGCUAUCCUUGGAGAUUUCUGAGCCUUUGGAAGAGGGUUAGCUAGGAUGUUGUGACUUGAUCACACACUAACUCUUCCAAGCGUUUUCACUUAAUAUUAACAUUCUUGGCGAUAAAAUUAAGUGCGUCUUUUGUUUUACUGUCGUAAUAAAACGUAACACUCGCCACCAAGUUAACAAAGAAAAAGGAAGAAGCUAUGUGCAAAAAAAAUUGACUUCCUGCAGGUGUCGAGCUUGUAAGAUUCUGCUCUGAGCCUUUAGUGGCUUAUAUAAUUAGUACAAAUUCACGUACAUCUUUAAAUAAUCACAGAUGGUUGCGUCAAAGUACUUUAUAAGUUUUAAAGUCACCAAUAAUUUUUAAAAAGCACGUCAGUUUUACAGUAGCCAAAAUUUUUUAAAAAACGUAAGAGAAUUUCAAACCUUGAAAAUUUUACGUGUUUAUCGUUCCACCUGCUACGCCAAAAUCAUUUUUAAUGACAAGUCUCUUGUCCGUUUGUUUACGUUUUGAGCCAUUGCUUAUAAAAUACACCAAGGCGGCGUUUGGCUCGUCAAAUAUGCAGAAAGUAUAUGAAAUAAAAUUGUUAUGUACUUAUUGUGCAGAAACCCACGCGUACGAACCUUAUCAGAAAUGUCAGAAUAAACGAAAUUUCAGCUUGCUUCUAAAGCUUUCUCAGCGGCCAUUUAUAUACUGUUAACUUUCCACGACUGUAUGUGAAUAAUUAUCCGCCCAAAACUAAAUUAUUUUUAACAAAGGAAUGACACUCUGUUUUCAUCUGUGUGGAAUAAAAUUAUGACUGUGCUUCAUUUUUGCAAUCAGUUUCAUUCGAAAAUUUCACAAAUAGCAAAAUUAAGACAAGUCAUGAUCAUGUCGCAGACUUCAGAUGAACAGUUUGUACGGUUUAACUGAACCUGUGGUGGAACGCGAUAGGACACUUCGAACGAGAAGGUUUACAGUUUCAAUGACACUCCAACACCGUAAUUAAUCCGCGAAAUAUUUUCAUAACAACUGAAGAUAAAAUAAUGGUCAUAUAUGACUUGUUAUAUUCGUCUUGAAUAUUCAAAAAAGUGGAGCAUUGAUUAACAUAAUUCGGUACAAUGAAGAACAAUAAAACACCAACAAUGUUACAACUGAAACUACUGAUAUCCUGCAGGGAACCAGAAAACAAAUUUUAGCCACAAAACAAUAAAUGCGGUAUUGGAAAUCCGGGGUCCCGUUGUGUCGACAGGUGCUGGGCCGUGUUGUUAUUCAACAAAAUAUCGAAACCUAGCUGUGAAGAUUUUAAAUAGGAGAAAAUCAAGCCGCACUUAGCAUGCCUAAUUGCCUCGUCUAGAUUAAUUUAUGUAAAGAAAUCCCCUUUUGAAUUUCUGAACAAAGCUUUUCAGAACCUCUAUAUUAAUUCUAAAAAAAUUCGGCAGGGUGCAUUUUCUGAAAAGCCUUAAGCCUUCCGCGCUAGCGCACCUGUAUAUUUUAUAAUAUUUUGCCUUGUCUCUGGUUACUACGGUCUUGAACAAAUGUAAUCUUUCAGGGACAAAACAUAGCAUCUUGAUCCCACAGAAGAGUACUUUAAAGUACUUAUUCGUUAUAAGUGUUUUGUUAAAACACUAAUAACUAAGAAGUGCCGUUUAUGAAGGUUUAUGCACUAAGAUCACGUUUGUGAGUAAACGUGGAGUUCUAAUCCAAGCUUAGGUUGUUACUGAGUCACUGUUUAACGUUUGAUUUUUUUUACCAAUAGGCUUUUGACUUACUAUAUAAAUUAUAACUUACUAAGAAUUGAAAUAAGGACUAGGUCAGCACCAUUACUUUUCAAGAUCAUUUCAAGUUGGAAGGCUAAUUAUUCCGAAAUCAGUAUUCACACUAACUUUAAUAAGUAUUUUGUGCAUUUUGCCAAUGUUUUUACUUAAACAUAAAUGAAUUUUGACUGUUGCAUUUGCAAUAUAUGAAAGAAAUUUAGUAAACACUAUUUCAAGUCAGUGUUGGCUUUCCGAUAUUAAACGUCAGACAAAGUUCCCAGAAUUCAUCUUGACCGCUUCAAAAAUAAGCUUCGUUAUUCACUGUUCUUUAAAGGGACGGACAAUCUUCGAGCCAGUGAGCCAUGCACGCAAUUCGCGCCAAUCAUGGGUAAAAUAUUAUUUUAUGAAACUGCAAAUACAUGAAAAAUGUUUUAUUUCCUGCUUAGUUCCCAAUGGGUAUGUAAGUUUUUCUGCUGGAACAAUUGCAGAAUUACGCAGUUUUGGUCGACUUUCAUUGAUCAGGGCUAAGAGCACAUUUUACUCGCUAGGGCGGUUAAGCACUCAUUUUUUCGUAUAAGGGUUAAGCUUUGUUUAGGUUUAAACACUUAUUUAGAAUGGUUGGCUUUCCGUUAAUGUUUCCCGUAUUACUGCUUUUUAAUUUAGAUUUUUUGUAUAUAUAGUUUCUCGCAUGGCGCAUGACUCGCACUCUGUCCUAACUCGUUUUUUGAUCGCUUUUUGGUUGACUUCAGUUCUCUGUAACUUUUCAAACACGAAUAACAUGAAUAAUGUUGGCAGAAAACGAGGGAGAAGGAGGAAAAUUACCAUGAUAUUUUGUGUCCGACUUUCUAGAAGAAUUAUUGAUUAUUGGAAAAACUGAAUAAAGUCUCUAUGGUUACCGGCAUAUGAGUUGCCGUCAGGUUUGCGGUUAGAGGUUCACGUUUGUACAGCUAGACCACGCUCCAGAGGUACGUGAUUUGCCGAAAGGUUUUGACACCCCAAAAUUCACAAUCUGACGUUUGAGAAGAAAUAGUACUUUUUAGAACUCUUUUGCUUAUUAAUUAUCGAAUUCUUUAUCAAAAAGAUAUUAUUUUGAAGAAAAAAUUUCAGCUAAAAUAGAAGUGAAUGAAUGAACACAAACAUGGCAGCCCCGAGCUUCCACCCCCGAAUCGCCUGAAAUACUGGCAGAUGGGUACAGGUAACGUGAAACCGUUAACUCAAACCGCAGUUUGUCGUUAAAUUGGCAGCAAAAUGACCAAACCUCGAUCUUAAGGUCUCUAAUGAUAUUUCUAACUGACUUUUUCGGUAACCUUGGUAAUGUGUACUGAAGCCAACAAUAGACCUUUUAAGCCUGUACGUUUUGUUUCCCCAUUGCAGACCAUGUGAUGUUGCCCCAGAGAAUGUCGCGCUAUCCACGUGUACAAGCGUACAAAAACUAAUGAACAGACAAUAGGCAAACUCCAAUGAGAACAUCACGUGACCUGAAUUGGGAAAAUAAUACCUAAAAGCUAAAAGGGAUAUCAACAACAACAAAAACAACAACCUUUAUUUACUUCAGAGAUCUGUAAAUAUUUAGCAUACUGCAGGAAGGAACAAAGUGCCUUAACUUCGCCAAGGUGCCAAGUGAUUUGCUCCGUGAUUUUUGUUGCGAUGCAUGCAAUAUGCUAUUUACAAAACAUCUUCGAAUCAGUGCAACUCACUUACGUUUAGACGUCAGCACAAGACCCAGCUUUUGUGGUAAAUUUGGUAUAUCAACUCAGUAGAUAAAAGUAAAAGUUCUUUUCAAUCUAUAUCCAGAAGGAGUUUCCGCCAAAAUUAUUUACUGUACCAGGAAACACAUUUAUUGUUUAUGUUGAGGUAUGCCUAUUUACACCCUCUUCUUUGAAAAAAAAAAAUAAAGAUAAAAAUAUUGGAAAUAAAUUUGGAAAUUAGCAUUGCUAUUACAGCAAGGAGCCCAAAAGUGUGAUCUCCUUUAAUUCAUUCACAUUCUUUCAUGAAGGCAUCAACCAAUCAGAAGUCGAGGACAGUUCCCACCUGGCUUGGAUUAAAUCUGCACGAAAGAAUGUGAAUAAAUUAAAAGCGGUCACACUUUUAGUCUCCUUGCUGCUGUUGCUGUAACAGUUCCACUGAUUUUCUUUUUAGAGUUAUUCGGUGUGCUGAGUGAGACCUGGAAGGAUUUCAGAGGAUCAAUAUCAGAACUGGAGAAAUCUCAGAGCCCAACAAGUUCUUCAUUUAAUAGCUCUCUAGAUAUCCAAGAGAAAGGCCCCAAUCGUUACUUUGCUAGAAGGUUCCGGGCUUAUUUUUUAGCACCAUUGACUGGAGAUUACAAAUUCAACAUCGCUUGUGAUGACUUCUGUAAGUUGAGAAUGAGUACAGACAACGACCUGAAGAACCUGACAACUUUGGUAUAUGUAACGAAAUGGACUCGUUAUCGGGAUUGGAAAAGGUAAGUUCACACCUUGUUUUUAAAACAAAGAAAAGACACCCUUUUCAAGCCUUUGUUACCCUUUUUAGAUGAGGGGUCACCCUCCUAGCGCGGCCUUUUUAAGGGUGUUGUUGUUGUUGUUUCUUUUUUUUUAUGACCAACCACAAAUCUGUUAAGCGUGAGGUUAAACAGUACCGAAUUCUCAUAAUGCAGAAUUGACCUCAGUGACGCACGUUGUACUCCCCUCCAACCGAAAUAGUUCGACCAGCUUAAAUCCAUCAUCUUGGAUUCGACAGGGCUGUCAUCAAGAUUUCAAGCUGCCCGGUAAAAACAACAAGUAGACGGGGAAUCAAACAGCUAGGGAUUUCUUUUGGUUCCAUUUCUCUUCUGAAAGUAGCCGGGUGCCACGUCCAUAGUAGUCGGGGGAAAUCCCCGGCCCCCACCACUUAAUGACAGCCCUGAUUUUAGCUCUAAAAAUGGGGCCGUUUCGGUGAGUAAAAUACAGUCCUAUUUUUGAGUCUAAUUUGGCUCCCGUAAAUCAGCGCCAAUACAGUCCAAUUACCAAGGAGUUAUUUGAACCCGAGGGCUGAAAUGGGCCCCAGGGUGGGCUAAAAUAGCAUUUUGAUUGAGCUGUUUUGUUCUAAAUUGUGCUCAAAUGGCUCCAGAAGGGGCUGAAAAGAUCUUUUUAAUUUUCAGUGUAUUUUGGAUUCAUCAGCCUAGAAAUCUAUCAUCUUAGAUCCACCAUCUUAGGUCCCGUAUACACGAAUCCGGACAAUUUUGAAACCGCAUACUUUAAUUUGUUACCCGCGUUCCAGUUUACGGAGUCCUAAACCACAAUUGGCAGCGGUGAAAGAGGACCGGUUUCAUGAGGUUGGAACGUCCAUUCGCGUAAAAAUAUGCAGCUUCAGAAAUGUCUGGAUUCAUGUGGACGGACGUCGCCUUAGCUCCAUCUUUGCACCCCUACUUUCUGUAUUCUUUUACACUGGAAGACGCUCGAAGGUAUCUAAAAUCAGGAGUGCAGCGUCCAUAUACGCACACACGCCCGUGUGUGCUUGUACACUUAAAAUAUGGAAAAAAGCCUUUCAUAUUUCCUGAAAAAGCCUUCAUUAAUCAUUAAAUUGGGAUAACUGAAAUUUUUCGCACUAUAUUGGCGUCUUUGUGUUAAUAUUUCUUUUAUUAUACCAUAUGCUGAUGGAGUCACUGGCCUUUUUUUCUUUUUUUUCCGUUAACACUGUACCUUACCGUCAACACUUGAGAUGGGUAAAAGAAACUAACUACUGCAUGUUCCACAGCAUUAAAUUACUCAAAAUGUCCUGUGGAAAGCGCUGUAAAUGGCAUUUCCGAGACCCUAAAUUGAAAAAUUUGGGGGGGGGGGCAUGCCCCCAGAAGCCCUAAGUUCUGUCGACUACGGCGCUACAACGUUUUUUCUCCACAUGCGUACACCUUCAAAAUCUCACUCUACGCCCCUGAAACUAUAUUAAAUAAAUUCAAAUUCGUUGGACAUAAGUAGUAUAGUAAGGAUAAAAUUAACCUUUUUUGGCGCAGGAGUCUCAUUAAAAAAUAGAUUAAAAAUACUUUUAUGCCGAGAGCGGCUUAGUUAUACCAAAUAUAUAGACAAUAGACUGAAAGAUUUAUAAUUGCGUUCGUGCAUGCGGCCAGGAUUCACUGAAUGAAGGAGACAACCUUAAGAUAUUGGUGAAGCUUGCCCACCUUACAAUUAUAAUCGACCGAGUUCGGUGUAUGCCUACGGAGAACUUGUCCUACGACGACAUAUUGAAAAGAGUCAAUUUCGUACAGUUCCCGAACUAAACUUUCCGGUUCUGAACCCACUGUCUGCGGCGAGAGCUCCACCAGAUCUUUGGAGCCGAGCUCCAAAAUAAUGACAUCUGGGACCAAUUGACGCACCACAUGAAAGUCGAAUUUACGGAGUCUUGCUAUCGCGCGGCCGCCAACUCCAUGAAAAUAAAUAGCUGCUAUACCACUAAGGCUGCUAAAAGCCUGCAUGUGCCUCUUUUUCUGCACAAACGCCUUAAGACGAUGAACGAAAGAGUGCCCGAUUAUUAAUAAGCGCUGUUUAGCCGUGACGGUUUGAAAAAAUUUAGGAAAAUUAGCGGGUGCUAAGGAAAGCCAAACAGAGUCCUUAGCUACGGCACCCCAACAAGAAUGAAAAAAAUGAUAAUAAUAAAAAGCUACCUGACUACAAAAAACAAACAGGGGUGGGGGGUGAAAACUGCACUUGCCUGAUUGUUUGUUGGCUUGUUCGUUCGGAGAAAAAAUAAAUUCACUAUUGAAAAGCUAAACAGCUCACGAUCGGCGUUGUAAGAAAAAAGGGGCGAGCGAUAGCGAAGCUCACGAAUUUAUAGCCCGCUCUGUGUCUCGUUAUUUCGGGCAGCCAGCGCCCCUAUCAUCGUCUGUGCUAUUGUUAUAAUCUUUUAUUUCUUGUAUAUUAUGGGAUGAAAUAAAGUGUUGUUGUUGUUGUUGUGGUGGUGGUGUCUAGCCAGCUAUCGUUAUCUAUCAACUAUCAACCCCUGCAGCUUGCACUGUACGAUAAGAUAAUGCCCCGCUUCAUCAUAAAACCCAUUAUCGCGCUAAGUCAAUAAUGGGUCAUUUUGUCGACAACGUCUUAGCCAAAAAAAAAACCCCUUAUCGCGCUGAUGUCUUCAGCGUUAAUGUCAUUUUGUCGACAACGUCAAAAAGGGUUUUUUCAAAAAUACUGGCAUUAUCUUCCUCCCCUUCCUCCCUUGACCUUAUCCCUGCGUCUGAUGUCUUUAGUAUAAAAGGUACAGACUUGAUGAACUUGAGCAUUUUUUUUCUUUUCCGUCAAAAAUUUGUUCUUGAGAAAUGGUUGGGCAAGUGUAAAUGAGAUUCCUGAGCAAAAACAGUCUUGGAUUCUGGAUUUGUGGAUUCAUUCCUACUAUAUUCUACUGGUGGAUUGGAUUCCAAAAAGGGCUGAAUUCCAAAUUUUUUUCUGUUUUAAUGCUUUUCGUCGCAUUUCGUUUGCGUGUUCGAAUCUUACUAUACUGAAAGACACUCUUUUUGAUGCAUAACAAGUUUGUCUUCUUUUUCGAUUUAUAAAUUGAAAUGUUUUACUGUUCUGUAAGGGUUUUUUUAAUAAAGAGGGGACAUUUUUCCGUCAAAAAAUAACAAACAUCGCAUCAUUGCAAAAAAACGUGUUGAAACACCGACAUCGCAAUUUUAAGUUUUGUCCUUCGAUUAAUCUAGUCCAAAUCUGAUUAGGGAUCGAAACACAUUAAUCGACGUGCACUAGUGUUGGACAGGGGCCACGAGUAGACUAUGCAUUCAUUUGGAUUAUUCUUUAUUUCAUAUGGCAAUAGAUUUAAUGUUGCUAAAAUGAGACUGUUAAAGGGUCGUUCGUACCUUCUGGAAGUGAUUUGGCAACAAGGAAAUGGAGAGUAUCACAUGAGCGUUGGUGUACAGCUUCCAGAUGAGAAAGUUAUGAGAACGGUUAGCGAUGAAUGGCUCAUCAAGUAUGAACCAGGUACGAGAAUACAUUUAUAUGUCUGCUGAAACUAUAGCCUGCGUCACAGACGAAACUAAACUUCUGGUUAAGUCCGUCUGCGUGCGAAACAGCGCUGAAAUCCUUCUUUCCUGGGCCCCCACCUGUGUAUCUGCGCCAUAAUUGGCCUGUUAAAAAAUCCAUUGUCAAUUAGCCAAUCAGUUUGAAGGGAAAUUGGAAACGCAUUUCCGGUACAGUCAAUUCCCUUUACAACGGAAACCGUAGGGACCUUAAGUUAGUGUCUUCAUUACCGAGAGUCCGUUAUAGCGAGAAUUUACUUCAGUCAAACAUUUAUAACUUACCUUUGCCUGGGAUUUAACUGCUGUCCGUAUUAUCGUGGUGUCCGUUAUAGCGGGGUGUCUGCAAAGCGAGAGUUGAUUGGAAUUCGUUGGGUCCGUUAGGGGCGCAGAACAAGGAUAUCGGCGCUGAUUUGGACCGGUUACUAACCAGGGUAAGAUUGCGUCAGGCUACUGCAACUAUGGUAGGAUAUAAAUGAUAGGAAGUUUGGGCGAGUAUUUAAAGAAGGUAAUGCUGAUGUUUGAUGAAAACGUCUUUCGUUUUGCAUUUAAAAUUAAAAAAAUUAAGCGUAACUUAUCCAGUUGCUGGGUUCAAGCAAGUUUCAUUCUGGAAUUUAGACAAUAUUGCUCGCGGAGACUCCAGGGAAGAGAGUAGUACUGGAGACCUUAUUUCUAGUUUGAGGUUUUAAUUUUCUUCCUUCCUUUACCGUUUUAGUUCACUCCUUUGUUAUAUGUUUUUUCAAACGUUCGUUCCAUUUUGAUUGGUUCAUUAAUUUAUUCAAAGGAUUGUGAAAACUUUGAACAUAAAUGAACGAAGGUCCAUUUAAUUCGAUGAACGAGGGUCCAUUUUAUUAUUGGUUGGUUGGUUUAUUAUUAUUUAUUAUUAUUGAUUAUGAUACAGUUAAGCCUUAAUGUGUUGCUUGUGAUGGACUGUGUGACUGCGUGAUGCGGUAGGCAAGUCCAACCCACAAAAAUGACCCUUGCUCGCCAACGAGUCCUCAGUAGCUCAGAGGUUAGAGCAUCCGAUCUAGAACACGGAGGGUUGUGGGUUCGAAUCCCAUCUGGGGCUCAGAUUUUUUCUGUGUCCUCUUAUGGUUGAUUCUUUACAUCUCCCUUUAUUCCCUUUAUAAUAUUAAUAUCAGUGGCAUUAUUAUUAUUAUUAUUAUUAUUAUUAUUAUUAUUAUUUGUAGAGAAAUACCGCGACGUCGAAGUUGGAUUCCGAGUUUUGCAUAUGAAGUUUUGCUCGGGUAAGGAAAUACAACGAAACAGUAAGUUUGUCAUGGCAAUUUUGAGAAAAUUUUCUCCUUUCUCAUUCCUGUAGUUUACUUCAUUGUGCUACAUUGCAAACUUUUGAUAUCUGAGAUUUUUCUCUUAUUUCUUUUCAUUUUGGUUCUCUUAAAUGGUAAUGUUUCGUUUAUACUUACAUCUCUUGCCCUUGUCAAUUUUGUGACUAGUUAUAGUUUUCUUCCCAUUUCAAGAAAUUCAAGGACGUAGGUUUGUACAUACGGCCAAUCCAAUAUUCGGGCUUUUCAGAAAUUUAUACUUCAAUGUUACUGCCGAGUUAUGGAACUCUUCACCUUGCAAGUUCAAAUUAGCCAGCAAUCCGUUAACAAUGUUCAAAGCCAGUCUUUUCCAAUUCUAUCUGUAAAAACUCAGCUUGAGACCUAUAAUCCUCCAAUGUUGUAAUCCGAAAUGUUGUGAUCCUAACGUGUCUUAUCUUGAGGGAGUUACGUUGCAAUUGGGAAAAAAGUUAUGUUCCAGUCUCCUGUUAACACGUCCUCCUUUCCAUUUUCUUUUGGUUUGUGUUUCAUUUGUUAGCACUCUACAUUCGUUAUAAUUCAUCAACUCUAAUUGUUGUGGCGAAUGCAUUAAACUAAACUAAAGCUUAAUAAUCUCACUGACUAACAUGUCCUUUCUUUCGUUCCAGAGGCAAAAAUCGCUGUCAAUUGGAUGCAGGUCCCACCGCUGUGUUACAAGGGCAACAAUGCAGAUGAAAAGCAGGAACCCGAAGGUGUUUUUCCUAAAGUGCUGUCCGAAAUGAUAAAGUACGUUUGUGGCACCUUAGACUGUGCUCAUAAGAGGACUAUUCACAAAAGGCAUACACAUCGCCAUGAAAGGACCUCGCCAUCGCAUAACCAUAAAAGGAAUAAGCAUGACCUUAAAAGGAAUGGUCGUGGCCAUCAAAGAGCCGCCUUCAAACAUACUGAGCAUGACCAUGACAAGACAAGGCACGGUCGGAAGAGGAAUGCUCGUGACCAUGGUGACGCUGCAUACGAUGGGCGAAAGAGGAGUGCACGUGACCAAGAUAUGACUGUGCUUGAUCAAAAGAUGCCUGCGCAGAAUCAAACAGGGGCUGUCCUUGACUUUAGAGAGGAGACAAUCAACAUUCAUAACAUCAGUAAAAUGCUUUCUGUGCCGCACACUGAGUUUACCCUACCAAUCAGUAUGAAUCCCGAAAAGCAGGUUGCCAGUGAAGAGUGGGUAUUUCUCCCCGUGGUGAAGGUAGAUGGGCUUGCCAUGAUUAUGAGAAAGCCAAAUCGUGGAGAAAUAUACGCUGGCAAGAUAGGUUCCUCAGUCCUGAACUGCUGGCCUGCUUUUGUGAUGAUGUUUGUCACGUAUUGCGUCUUUGGCUUAGCUAUGUGGAAUUUGGUAAGACGUGAUGGCUAAAAGUUUGUUUAUGAUUUUUUUGGCCGGGAUUAACACCGUUGGUUGUACGACCGAGGUUUAAUUGUAUGCAUCUUGGUCCGGCCCUGGUGAAGAUAUAACGAGAGCGGAGUUUCAGUCGAAAACGUUUGUUCUCUUUUUCGUGGUUGACAGUUACGUCACACGAUUUCCUAUCGUUUUAAAAAGCUUAAUUUUUUUCCACAUCAAUUCCAAAGCCGGUACUAUACGGAUAAUCAUUUUUCUUUUUAAUUUAAACAAUGCGUUCGAGUCACUCACGUGAAAAUUGUGCGUACCUAUGGAAAUUACAAGCUACACCCCUGAACCCAUUGUUUGAUGAAAACUAGGACAAUAAAAUUAAUUCUAGUGUCUUAAGGCCAAUUCAUUCUUUAAUUUCAGAUUAACACAUUUAAAAGUUGUUUGGUUAAACAUGGUUCAAAAUUACUUCUUUAUAAAUUCAGCUUACUGAUUUUGCUUAGAAACAAAUUUUGGGCAAAAUUUAAAGCUCGCUUGGAUCUUUUGUAAAAGCCCGUCUUCCAAUUUUCUGUACUGAUUUAAGACCUCGGUUAAUCAAUAUGUUCCAGUGGUAUAAAUUUGCUAUAAAAUGUAAAUUUUCAAGAGUCCUAACCUUCUUCUUCCGUGUUGUUGUCUUUGUAGGAGAAGGCUGUAAAUCAAGAUCAGUUUUCGCCACGCUUUACCCGCGGUUGGAAGCAAGGGUUAUGGUGGUCUUUUGUUACCAUGACAACUAAUGGGUAAGCCAUUAUUGUCUGAUGUAGACAAUUUGUAUAUUUCCUUAUCCGCGCCUUUUCGGAAAGACUAUGUGCGUGACGUUUAGCCUUAACCAGUCGAUUAUUGUGAAGCAAUUCGUCAAAAAUCCUCUCAAGUAGAAAUGGAAAUGCUUCGCAUAUUUGACACGCACAUAGAAAAUCAGAAAAGCACUAGAGAAAUCCAAGAUGGCGAAUGACCAGGCUACAGAGGCUAUUUUUACACCAACGUAGCCAUGUCACGGGGAGGAAUUGCCCUUGGCUGAGACGGCUUUUGACGUGUUAUAGUUUCAAGAUUCUUGAAAUUAGUCAGGGGCAGUAUCCACCCUCCUCCAUGCCCACCUGAAAACAUAGGAAUUGAGAAAAAUGUUUGCAAGUGGUAGUAUGAUCCCUUUUCGCAUUUAAAACAAACGCCAUUGACACAUUUAUACAACGUCACAUACUCUCCUAUGUAAUCUGGGCCUGGUUCCUCGAAAGAUGGUUAAGUUUAAUCCAAGAUUAAGCCAAAUUGUAAGCACGAUUUUAUUGGUCUAAGAACAUGUAACUCAAGCUUACAAAAUACUGUUGAGACUUUACUCAGCGAUACAGUAAUGAUAACAUAAAAUGUUACUCUAAGCAGUUCAUAGGAAGGUAAAGACAAAAAGUAGCAAUACCAAAGUCAAGAACGCAAAGACAUACUAAUUCGUUUAUAGCAAGAGCUGCAAGACUCCUUUUAUGUUCUGUAUAUUUUUACUUACUUUUUUAUUAGAAUAGUCAUUAAUAGCUUUUCAUAGUAUAUGUUUUUUCACUUUAAUUAUGUAAAUCCAUUGUAUAUAUUUUUUAAAGAUGGAUAAAUAACAUACAACUAUCUCCCGAAGGGGAGGUGAAUAGUGGUGGUGAAAAUAUAGCGAGACGCGAAGCGUAGAGGUAUAUAUCUAGCGCUGUUCACCGACCCUGACGGGGAUAGCUGUUUUGGUAUUUACCAAAUCAGUUGAAUAAAAACAAAAAAAAGUAACUUUUUGUAAAUUAAAAACGUCACUUAGUAGCAACUUUGUUUACAAUUUACAAAUAUUUCCGAGAUUUUGUCAAGAGCAUUUUUACGAUUUUGUUGCAAAUUCAGCAUUAAAAUAAUUUUCUACCUACCAGUAAACACCAACAAGCCAAAGUUCGUCGCUUUCUUGGUAUUUGUUUGUACGACUGCUUCAGUUAUCGCUCAAAUUUCGUCUUCCGAAAAUGUCUUGCAACCAGACGCCAUUUGGCUCCGGUCGCAAAACAGUGAAUAGCCAAGGAUAUUCCGAGUUACGGGAGCUAAUCAAAACGCGCGAAAAUUGAUAUUCACCGAUUUGGUAAAUACUAAAGCUUACUAUUAAAAAUUACCUCAACUGGGAGCCUUCUCAUACAAACGGAUAUUUUCACACACAGGUAUGGUGAUCGUUUUCCAAUCACAUUUCCAGGACGACUACUUGCCGUGGUCUCUAUUCUAGUGGGUACGAUCAUGAAUGUACUCUUUGUAGCCUCAAUCACAGCAUCAAUCACUGUGUUUGUUAUUGACGAGGCAGCUAAUCCUGAGCGAUCCCGGAAAGUAAGUAUCAGAACACUGAUAUCCUUUUUAUGGGCUGGUCUUAAAAUGGUUGCUUCCCACGAUAAGGGGAGCACAAUAAGCAGUACUAGAGUCAGCUUUCACCUUAGGGCUAAUCACAUAACUAGAAUCCCGUUGCCACCGAUGGUUAUAACUCCGCUAAUAAAAAAUAUAAUACGCUGUGGAAAAAAAAACUUUGGUCCUCAGCCUCUUUCUCAGUCUUUCUUGACUUUCUUUGCGAGUGCAGAUUCGUUGUUAGCCGCGCUCGGCUCCAAGCCUCCUCUGCUCACUCGCAUAGCGCGAAUUGGCCUGGGAAUGAGGCCGGGUGAUCUUAAAUGUUGUCCGCCAUAGCAACAGUUACACUUCACCUGAGCUAUCCUGGGAACCCGUCACCUGCAGCCUCAGAGAUCAAUAUUCUAUAUUGUUUGAGCGUUCUUGAUUUUACCAAUUCAAAAGACCCCCUGCCGCCCCCCCCCCCCCCCUGCCCACAAAAAAAAUGGUGCCGUAUCAACUCCGAUACCCCACAAUUCCUUAUCAAGACUAGUUGGGCAAUAAAAUAUUCUUAUUUCUCCAUCGCAGUUCGAACUGCAAACCUACGAACUCAAGAUUUAACGCCUUUUUUAGAUUUUCUCUCGACGAACGGUUUGAGCACAGCGUCGUGCUGCAUAAUAGACCACUUCACAGUUAUGAGCUUAGUACCCUACCCUCCGAGUGAACGUGACGCUGAGGUUGAUCUUGUUUUGAUACAAACCUCUUUCCUUUUCUUAUGAAAAUCAUGCUAAAAAAUACACGUUAGCAUAAGAAUAACAUGGAUUAACAUAACAAAGGGGGAAGGGAUGUAUCAACACAAGGUCAACUCCAGCCUCGUUUGCACCCGUAACUGUAAAACGGACUACGAUUCCGGUUUGCAUCUUUUGCCAGGUUGGGGUGGUGACUGGUUCAAUAGAGUAUCCUUUGGGCAUGCGCAUGAAUGGAAGCAAAGGGAUGAAAUGUAAGUGAGAAAAUCCAUAACUGUGGAAGCAGCUAUAUAGGUACAGGAUUGUAAAGCUUUAUGUUUUGCUGCAUAUCCAAAUUGCAUUUUGUUUAGCCCUUUAAUAUUUAGAGGCCGUCAAAUUCAGUACCACUGACGACUUCAUAAAUACCGGAAUGAGAGAAGUAUAGCGAACACCAGAGUAAUCCUUUUUUGUGAAUUUGAUUUACUUCUUUCGUGACAUCAGUUAUAGCCUCUUGAAUGGGGACCCAAGAUCCCAGAACGGUGACUGCGGCGCGAACACGUCACUCAAAGAGUGAUUUCACUUUUCUUUCAAUCUUUAUCGUGAUUACUCGAACUCGUUGCCUUUUUGAUAUGAAGGCGAACUCACCUGAAGUUGAUUUCCUAUGAAAUAUAUCGGCCAAGUUCAGAAGGAGUAAGAAAAUUUCGUCCUCGCUUGUUUACACCCUCCAUAAAACGUGAAAUUAGGCAUUUUCACGUCGUAGUCAAGCAGGGACGACAAAGAAAUCUACAAAAAAGCGUGAUGCACGUGUAGAGUUGUUUUGCUUGCUUUUUUGACGUUCUACUUGCCGUCACCAUUGUCAGAUAAAAGGUCCCUGUUAAAACUCACAAAUACUAACGUUCUCAGGGAACAUGAAGACAAAAUUCUAACAACACUGGUUUAUUACAGGUGUUUCGUAUCCAACGAGGGACGCUCUACUCCAAGGCCUUGAAUCCCAAGCAAUAGAUGGGGCAUUAAUUGACAUCUUGACCGUGGACUCUUUUAAAAAGGAGCUGAAUGAUUCUGACUUUGAAGUGGUGAAAGUCUUGCCCAACACAUUCCAUUAUGGCAUUAUUUUAACGGGAGAUGCAAGAAACCUUUCGAAAUACUUCAAAGAAUACUUAGUGAACAAUCCAGUCGAGUUACUGUUACAGGAAGAAGAGGUAGGAGAAGGGGGAACCAUAGAUACCAGGGAGAUCAAAGAACUGACUGCCUGUUGGGGAUAGCGGUAGCCUUGCACCAUAACUUGUGUUAAAAAAAAAAAUUCGCUUUCAUUUUCUUGGAGAAAAAGAUAGAUAAAAGAAUUGGUGGCGAGGGGGGAAUGUUUUUAUUUUGGUUAAUUGAUAAUGAUAGAGUUGGAGUUACUCGCAUGAGUAGUUUGCGUAGACGUCGUGUGAAAAAGCGCGAAAUAUGAGACAUAACUUUAAAUCUUACAGGACAUUAAUGCUGACAUACUUCAUAUAAUCCUUGGAUUCAUGAUCAUGAAUUCGAUUAUUAAGCCAGUUAACCAGGACGUAAUUUCCAUUUCAGCUGUUUUAACUUGAUUGUUGUCAGUUAUUCUUAUCAUUAUUUUUUUUUGACUUCUUAGUAAAGGUAGGUCUUCGAAAUGGGUAGCUUGUUUUGUGACCCUUGUUCCACUUUUAACUUUUUUCAGGAUAACAGUUCCCAGCCAAUAGCCAAGCCCACAGACGAAAUACAAACGGUCUCAGUUAUUCCAUUUUUUGAGACAGACAACCUACUCUUUAAGCGAACACUCUUAAUUAUCGUAACAUCUCUCGUCAUUUGUGUCUUAAGUGGCUUGUCAUUCCAUUUUAUAUGGUCAAGGUUGAAUUCUGAGCAAGGUAAGCACCAACUGUAUAACAUACUACCGAGUUUUUAACAUGCCUUGCCACGAGUAAGAUAUUCUAGGUCUAGAUUUACGCUCUUUGUACUAAGGAGCUAACGAGCCGAGAACAGUGAAAUCGUGAACAACAUGUACAAGAUAUAGCUAGGUUGUUUCUCUUAAAUAUUUCUUGGCUUUUUACCAAUGGAAGCCAACGUUAAAAUAUAUUGCAUUCUCCCUGCUUGGGGUAUAGAGGCUCAAGAUUUUAUAACUACAUAGCGUAGUAACUAAGUAAUUAUUUGCAAGUGACAUUCGGGAGGCACUUUGAUAGAGUGACCCUUGCGUAUUUUAGCGUUCCGUCUGCUUUCUAACCAACGUCCUCUGAGUGUGUUAUCGUUGAUCAACUUAGCGCCUAGAGGAUCAAGACUCCAGCUUGUUAUGGCAUGAUGCGAAAAAUAGGCUGGAAGCUUGUGACAAUCGAGCAUGAUUAUAGAGUGCCCCUUGCGUUUAUUCUUAAUCUAUAGCCCUUUUCUAGCCAACAGAGCGUGUAGUAAAAUAGAAAUGCCAUACUGAAGUAAGCGUAGAGUAAUUGUCAACGUGGAUUGUAAACUGCUCACAAAUAUUAUAAAUUACUUUUAUGAUUCUUCGUAGAUGAGCCAAGAACCCAGCAGAAAGGACCGGCUGCAGUUAAAGCGGAGCUAACACAACUGCUUGAAGAAUUUCAUAGUAGAAUAAAGGCAACUUAUUUAACUCUUAAAAUGAAACACAGACGUGAACUUAUACGAUUUAGACACAGAAGGAGCGCUUCCAUGAUAGUGGCAAAGUCGUAUGUUGGAAAGGGAUCGUCGAUCCCACAACAGGUUUAAUGAGACCACCAAAAACCUAAAAGCUAAGGCAGUCGGUUUACGUUCAUUUACGAACUCAGGGGUGUUAUCGACUCCAGUCAACUCUGUCGACUAUCAGAGAAUCACACCCUUAAAAUGGACACCUAGAGUUGGUACCCACCGACCUAGAGUACUUUUCUUUGACUGGCUGCAUACCGGAGAAGUACCUGUCUGAGACGGAGGUACUCAGCUCUGACCAGUGGUCUCAUCGAUGUCCGUCUUACACAUGGAUAGCUGGCCGUCGUAUUACAAACUAAAACUGAAAUUUAAUAAGAGUUCAAAGAUAAACAAGGUCUUUAAAGCGCACAUUGUUUACAGGGGCGGAUCCAGGAUUUUUUUUAGGAGAGGGUGCACUCGUCUCUUGCUCUACUUCAACAUUAAUAAACCAC